ACCACUCCUCUUGCUACAAAACUAGCCAGUAUCUGCUUGCAAACUCCCGCAUAUAUUUCUCAAACCUCAAUACAUUUCAUGGCACUUCAAGAGUCCUUAGCUUUCACAGUUACAAGGCAAUCGCCGGAGCUCAUUACUCCGUCGAAAGCGACUCCACACGAGUACAAACUCCUCUCCGACAUUGAUGAUCAAGAGGGUCUCCGGUUCCAGAUCCCAGUCAUUCAAUUUUACGCCAAAAAAAAUGAUUUCGUGGAUGCACGAAAAAUGGACCCUGUCAAAGUCAUCAGGGAGGCCCUUGCGAAAACUCUGGUGUUUUACUACCCGUUUGCUGGGCGGUUAAGGGAAGGCGCGGGGCGAAAAAUGGGGGUGGAUUGUACAGCGGAGGGAGUGAUGUUCAUUGAAGCUGAUGCAGAUGUUACUCUGGAGGAGUUUGGUGAUGCUCUUCAGCCACCCUUUCCUUGUUUGGAGGAGCUGCUUUUUGAUGUCCCUGGCUCUGCUGGAGUCCUGGAUUGUCCUCUUCUUCUUAUUCAGGUGACUCGGCUCAAGUGUGGAGGAUUUAUAUUUGCCUUGAGACUUAAUCACACAAUGUCUGAUGCGGCUGGACUUGUUCAAUUUAUGACUGCUCUAAGUGAAAUUGCCAGAGGUGCUAGUGUCCCGUCUAUUCCUCCUGUGUGGCAGAGGGAAUUACUUAAUGCUAGGGAUCCACCACGUGUUACGUGCACCCACCGUGAGUAUGAUGAAGUUGCUGACACAAACGGAACCAUUCUUCCUCUGGAUGACAUGGUUCAUCGUUCAUUCUUUUUUGGUCCCACGGAGAUUCGUGCCCUUCGUCAAUUGGUUCCUCCUCACCUUCGCAAGUGCUCUUCCUUUGAACUGCUCACUGCUUGUCUCUGGAGAAGUCGUACUCGUUCCUUGCAGCUUGAGCCCGAGGAGGAGGUCCGUAUGCUCUGUAUUGUUAAUGCACGAGCAAGAUUCAAUCCUCCCUUGCCUAUUGGAUACUAUGGCAAUGCAUUUGCGUUCCCAGGAGCUCUGACAACAGCUGGAAAGCUCUGUCAGAAUCCAAUUGGAUAUGCCUUGGAGCUUGUCAGGAAAACUAAAGAAGAUGUUACCGAAGAGUACAUGAGAUCUGUCGCAGACCUGAUGGUUUUGAAAGACCGGCCACACUUCACAGCUGUGCGCACCUAUCUCGUGUCUGACGUGACACGUGCAGGAUUCGGAGAAAUUGAUUUUGGAUGGGGAAAACCUGCGUAUGGCGGUCCAGCCAGAGGUGGGGUGGGUGUCAUACCAGGCCUGACUAGUUUUUACAUACCAUUUAAAAACAAGAAGGGUGAGAACGGAAUUGUGAUGCCGAUUUGCUUACCAGCACCUGCAAUGGAAAAAUUCGUAGCCGAACUUGAUGGCAUGUUGAAGAAUAAUGACCAACCGGUAAUCAACCAUACUUCAAUUCAUAUAACAUCAGCACUAUAGAAUUUGCUUAUAUUUGUGAGUCUCAAGUCCAGUAAGAGAAUUUGAUAGCUAAAAGAGAGUGACUAUGUAGCAAUAUGGAAGGUUUAAUUACGGGGUUUACAAUAUGAUCUUCAAAUUGUUUUCCAGUUUCAUCUAGUUUGGUUUACAUGCUUUAAUCUUGAUUAAUCUAAUCCAGUUAUCUAAUUUGUUCUUUUUUA